AUGUCCAAAGCCUCAGAGCUGAUUUGGGCUGAAAACAAGAGGCUGAACAAGGGGACGGAUACGGUGGAGAAAAGGGGACCAUACAUCAUGAGCAAACCUCCCUCCAUUCAGGCCAAGCUGAAGAGGCAGCGUGAGCUGGUGAAGGCAGCUCUGCGAAGGCAGGGGCUGCUGGGGGGACCCACCACCCCGAAAUCGGCACCUAAAAGGUCGGUGAAGUUUAACAAGGGCUACACUGCACUCAACCAGACAGCUGAUGAGAACCUGGUCUCCCUCGACUCAGACAGUGACGGGGAGCCAGGAUCCAGAUGUUCCUCAGGAUACUCCUCUGCCGAGGUGAACCAGGACCUGAGCCGGCAGCUGCUGCAGGAUGGGUACCACCUCGACGAGGUCCCUGAUGAUGAAGACCUGGAUCUCAUCCCCCCAAAACCAGUUGCCUCCUCUUCUUGCCCCUGUUGUUUCGGAGAAAAUCUCUCCUGUGUGAUCCAAUAGCUGCACAAGAACAGGUCAAAAUCCAGCACUUUCUUCGUCCCAUGGGAUGGCUGUUGCUGUCGGUGUCCCAUGCUGGGAUAGUGACACAAUGACUGAACGAUUCUGCUUAUGGCAGAGGGCAACUGACCCCACAGGACUUUUCUUUACACUCAGCAAUAUCAGGGAGAGGUGGCAUGGUGACAUUUUGGUGGUCUGGAUGGGACCUCUCACCUGCUGGGGUGGGAAAGAAGAGGCAGAGCCUGGCACCUCCAUGAAGGUGUAAAGGGAAGGAGUUAGGAGGUGCUGGGUUUGGAGCUAAUGGCUUGUUCCUGUUCUCCCCAGUGCUGCUUUGAUGCAGGUGUGGGACUGCCCAGACCCCCCAUACCAGCUCCACACAGGGUUUGGAUGUGGGGGGCUGGGGACUCUGCUGCAAACCUUAAAAGCUGCCUUAAACCAUGGUCCUGCUCUACAACCUAGAGGACAAUCAGCUGCUUCAAUACCUUAUUUAUAUUUCAUGUCUAGAGACCUGAACUGUUGGGGUUUCUUGUUUGUUUGUUUGUUUUGUUUGCUUUUGGGGUUUUGCUUUUGUACUUUACUUGUUAAAGGGAGCACUCAAUAAACUGAAUCUCAUUA